AUGUUGAUGGUUGAAAGUGGUGAGUUGUCAGUUUUGCGGUGUACAAGUUAUGCCUUAGAGGCAAUGGGUUCGAUUCUAGGUUUGGUAGUGAUGAUUUGUAGUAGUGGUGGUAUUGUUGGGGAUUGGGAUGGUAAAACUGGUGGUAAAGUAGCAGUGGUUGGUGGUUUUUGGUUGUGGGCGGCGCACAUUGAAAUGGCCUGUAAACCAUGUCUUGAAAAGGAUCGUGAAGCCAUAGAUCGCAACCUCAACCCAUAUUACGACACCGACGAUGACACCAUUUGUGCCCCUCUCAAUCCAAACCCACCUGCUUCUGUUUAUGAUAAUGACUCUGAUGCCACUUUUAGUGUAGUCAAAGCCGUCUGA